UUAAUUUCAGAUGAACUUGAAACAAAUCAGCCUAAGUACAUUAAACAGUUUCGACAAUUGUUUAGUCUGUUAACAUUUAUUGCAUCUCGAUCAUAAAACUGCACUAAUAAGCUUCUAUAAAUUAAACAGAUUAAUAGUUCUCAAGCAUCAUUUUGUUUUCCAUCACAAACAAAUGUCCACUUCAAAGUGAUCCACUCCACUUCUGAAACAAAUUGCUUUUUAAUUGUGAAUAGUUUGCCAUUCAUUUCGUUGUAAAUAAUGGCAAAAAUUAGUGCCAAAGAGAUUUUUAAUUUUGUUAAACUUCUUCGAAUUGAUUUAUUCUUUUUUUUCGCUACUCUCAGUACUUCACUGCCAAAUCUAGCUCUUAAUCAACUAAUCCAGGAUAAAUUUUGCAUCAACAAAUAUCUACUCAAUAAGACUGAUUGUUUUAAUUUGGAAAAGUCUUCUGAUUUUGAAACAAUACAAAAUGAAGUUUUAAAAGAAACGACAUCACUCAAACUGUACAUAACUCUAAUGACCACAAUUCCGAGUAUUUUUUUAUCACUCAUCAUGGGUUAUUGGGUUGAUAAAUAUCCAAGUCAUUUGCGUUAUUUACUUGGUGUUGCUGCAAUGGCAAAUGUUUGUGCAAACAUUAUGGCCAUCUAUCAAUGUAUAUACUUUGAAAUGGAUCCAUACUUGUUGUUACUCACAUGUCUGGUACCCGUUUUAACUGGAAGUGGAACCUUAGUCUCGGUAGGAACCUACACUUAUGCCACGAAAAAAACUCCAGCAAAGUAUCGAUCCAUUAGAUUUACAGUAUUAGAGCUCUUUUUGUUUGCAACUAUACCGAUUGCUAACCUUGCAGGAGGUGGAAUCGUUGCAUCUAAACCUUGGUUUGCAAAUCAACUUCGGAAUUACAUCGGUGUUUAUAUUGUGUCUUCCGUGUGUGCAAUUUUUGCUGCUAUUUGGGUUGUGAUAUUUUUGUAUGACUCUGUCGACGAAACUAAAAGUAAUGAACCCGUUAAAGUUGAUGAAACUUCUAGCUUGAAUGCUAAAGUGAACAAAAAAAGCUUGAAACAGAUCAUUUACGAUGUAAUCAAGCCCAACAAUAUUUUAAUUGCAACUCGAUGUGUCUUUAAAAGGAGGCCAAAUAAUGCCCAUUGGUUUUUGAUAUCAAACAUAGUAGCUGGAUUUUUGGCAAACAUUGGUUAUCUGGCUGAACAAAACAUUGGCUAUCAAUUUUCUCAGCGAGUGUAUCAUUGGAGUGCUUCACAAAUUGGUCUUUUCAAUUCAGUCAUCAUUGUGUUUCCAGCUGCUGGAAUCAUUAUUGGCCCACCUUU